UUAUCAAUGUCUGUUUUAAGCGUAACAAAUUAUUAUUGAGAUAUUGAAAACCAUAGAUAGUUAUUUAUUUAAAUGAUUUUGUGUGAAGUUAUAUUAUUUUACAACUUAAUUCUUUCAAUAACAAUUGGUUUAAUCCAAUAACCUUAAACUAAAUGAGUGUGUUGACAGCUAUGGAAUUGAAGAAUGAUAUUGGGGAAAGCAGUAGAGUUCAAGAAAUGCAAGAAGUCUCUGCUGUGCUCCAACUUCUUUGGGGUUCAGAAAUUAAGCAAGAAGUUUUUCAACGUUGGUCACAAGGGUUUUCAUUCAGCCCUGAUGAACCCAGCGCUCUUGUACAGAAUGAAGGCGGCCCUUGCGCCGUUAUAGCUCCGGUGCAAGCAUUCCUAUUGAAAACCUUAUUAUCUGAAUCAUCUGGACCUAGUUUUCAAGAUUUAACCGAAGAUAAAUGCAAUAAACUUUUGGUUCAAGCUUUGUGUAACAUAUUAAUUAAAUGUGUAUCAAAAAAGUACAAAAUUUUAGAUUUAAGUAAUUUAAUGGCACAUUCCAAAAAUAAGGUUGUAAAUAGUGAUGGAAACAAACCAGAAAUUUCAGAAAGCCCUGAAAUUGAACCUGAAGCAGCUGAUACUGUUUUAAGUGCAAAAAAUUUUCAUGAAAGGAUAUGCAUUCAUACAUUAGAAACUAUCGAAGAUGUGGAAUUAUUUUACAAUAAUAAUCCUAAAGUUUUGUUUGACCGGCAUGGUGUUUUGCUGUUUUUAUAUUCUGUACUGCUAACAAAGGGAAUUGAUCAAGUUAAAAAUGAAUUAAAUGACACUUCGGAACCUCUUAUUCAUGAUACUUACGGAUAUGGAUCUCAAGGAUUGAUAAAUCUUAUGCUAACUGGUAAAGCUGUUGCUCAUGUUUGGGAUCAUGUGCAAGACAUCGGAGGACUUAAGCUUCGAGGCAUUGACCAACAAGCAGAUAUAGGUUUCAUAACCCUCAUGGAACAAAUGAGGUAUUGUACUGUUGGCUCAUUUUUCAAAAAUCCAAAAAAUCCUGUCUGGGUAAUGGGUUCAGAAACUCACUUAACAGUUCUGUUCAGUUUUGAGAAGUUACUGGUGUCUCCAGAGACAGCCAGUGAGUCUGCUCGCCGAGUUUUUAAACAGUUUGAUCCAGAAGGAAAUAACUUCAUUUCUAGUAUAUUAUUACAGGAUGUUUUAUGUGCUUUAAAUUUAGUUAGUGAUCCAGAAUAUGUUGAUAUAAUGCGUAAAAAGUUGGAUGCAGAGAACUUAGGUAUAAUAUUAUUGAAUGCGUUUAUGGAUGAAUUUUUUUCUGGUGAAAAGCGUUCUACUCCUGAUUGUUUCACUUUAUAUCACUAUAAUGGAUUGCCAAGAUCUAAUGCCAAUAACAAGGUGACAUAUCAACGAGGUAUGGCUGUUCUGCUAGAAUGUGAUUUGAAAAGUGUUUGCCCUUCAAAUACAAUGCUUACAUGUCUCCAAACAAAGUGGCCAAACAUUGAGAUUAAUUGGCUGGGUCGUAUUCCUUCACUAAAUUGACAUACGUCAAUCAUGUUUUAUGUCAAAAAAAACAAGUACUAGCAAUCAUACUCAUCUAUUUUUCUUUUACUUAUUUACGGAAGAAAUCAGGUG